AUGUCGCUGCAAAUGAUGAUUGUGUUUGGCCUUUUGGUCACCGAAAUGACACUGAUGACAAUUCUGGUUAUGCCUUUGCCCCACAAGGUUCAGGACGGUUUUGUCAAUCUGGCUUAUAAGUUACUGCAAAACCCCAAUGUCAAGGUAGGAUUGGUAUUCGGGGCCUCGGUGCUUAGCAUGAUGUUCAUGGAUGCUCUCAGAACCGCCGUUCCAAAAAUACCCAAAGAGUAUCAUCCAGGCAUGCCAUCCUCUGGAAAUCUUCCACCGGUGCCUACAAUGAUGGCGGGUGCUACGUGGAGCGAGGUGCGGGUCCGCAAGUUUUAUUCUCAGCGGAACAUGUACUUGACGGCUGGUGCGCUUUUCCUUGGCAUUGCAAUUUACUUCAACAUCAUUCUUCUGAAAAGCAUGGUCAAAAAUAAGGAGAAGCUGAUUAAAGCCACGGUUGUCAGCAAAGACAAAAAGAAGGGUGUUUCUACUGUGGAGUACGAGGAACUGAAGCAGGUGCUGAAGAAGAAAGAACUCGAUGUGGAGAACCUGAAAAAACAGAUUAAGGGGCUUCACGAGGCAUACCAGAGCAAGGCCGACGAGAGCGGAAGCGCAAGUCCUGCGACUUCAGCGAAAAAGGAGGAUUAG